AUGGCAAGUGAGACGCUUUCUGUGUAUCAAAGAAAAGAAUCAUUGGGUGAUUUUGUGUCUAUGAUGGCAAGUGAGACGCUUUCUAUGUAUCAAAGAAAAGAAUCAUUGGGUGAUUUUGUGUCUGUUUGUUUUUAUGCAUAUGCGCAUAAAGUUGUAUUAAUUAAAUGUUAUUUCAUUGUCAAACCCACUAUUGGGUUAAAUGAGUCCAAGUACAAGUAUGUGGACAACCAAAACAAGUUGGGCAUCUACACUGAUAGCAACGUGUACCUAUGUGAUGAUUUCAAUGGUCCAACCUAUGGCUUCUCAUUCACAUCCUUUAAGGAUAUCAUUGACAAAACUUUUCCUGAAAACAAAUCUUUAGAUUUUCAUUAUCUAAAUGUGAUUGGUUUUGUUGCUGAUGUUAAAGACCUUAAGAAGUUUAAGACGACAAAGGGGAAAGACACCAAGAAAAUCAGUGUCAUUAUUCAAGAUCUAGAGAUGGAUUCAAUAUACUUGUCUUUGUGGGAUUCUUAUGCUGAUCGGAUUUUAGAGCAUUGGGAAAACAGAGAUCAACAUGGUGUUAUUGUUGUCAUUCUCCAGUUUGCUACAUUGAAGUACUUUGGACCAUUUGGAUAUGUUAACAGUUGUUUCAGUGUUUCCAAGCUUUUCAUCAAUUCUGAUAUUGAUGAUAUAACUUCUUUUCGAAACAGCCUUAUCCAAAACUCUGCUGCUUCUUCAUGUUCGAGCCAAUCAUCUAGGCUUUCAGGAAUUUUUUUAACAUUGUAUGAUGAAUAUGUUGUCAAAACUGAAUUCAACAACAUAGCCGAACUUAAUCUCAGUGAGGUCAAGUCUGUUGUUAUUGUUGGGACUGUUCAGAUGAUAGCUGAGUUGCCUUGGUAUUAUUUUGCUUGUAAGGCUUGUAACAAGAAGGUUACUAAGAAAACUGCGAAUGAUACACCUACUGUUGGUGUCUUGGUGGAUGAAGAAGAGAUUUAUGAGUGCAAAACGAAAACUUGCAAGAAUAGUGUGAUUGAAUAUGUGCAAAGGAUAAAAAUCCCAUUGACUGUUCAAGAUUCAAGUGGAACUGUGUCGUUGACAUUGUUUGAUAGAGAUGCUUGUAAAAUUCUGAAAACAACUACAUCAAACUUAAUUGAAAAACAUCUUGCUGGUGGUGAUAAGGGCCUUUAUCCCGACGAGUUUGAAGCUCUUUUGGGAAAAAAAUUUGCGUUUAAGAUUGACAUAAAACAAUUCAACAUUGAUAACAACUUUUGGUUUUUUUGUGUUUCUAAAUUGACCGAUGAUGAGGAUAUCAUAUGCGAGCUCGAAAAGAAAGCAACAACAUUGAGGUUCACUGAUAUGGAUUCACAAGAAACCGUUCACUUGAAUGAUGAUAACCCGAUUGAUGUUACUAUGGGAAUCUAUGUUGGCACCCAUUCAAACGAGAAUCUCAAAUCAAAGGCCGUUACCGAGUCGAUGGAUGAUAAUGUCAUAACUCCUUUGCCAAAAAAAUUGGAUGGCGAUUGCAUGGAAAAUCAAAAUGAUCGAUCUUUUGAAGCAAAGCUUAUGCGAAAGAAAAGGAAAUUGCAUAUGGCAGCCAAAAAAGGACAAGUCUCUGAUUUUAGUUCCACAAUCAAAGACAUACAAAUUCGAAGUCCGCUAUCUAACAUUUCAAAUGAUGGUAAAAAAAGAAGACUAAUGAGAAAAAAAGGGAUGGAUAAAAGAAAAUCCAACAACAAUUUAAAAGGUUUGCAAAAUAUCCAACUCAGUUCCAACAAAUCACCAAAUAACAGAAGUGUCAUUUAUGGGAAGGAAGUGGUUAUUCCUUAUCAAUCAAUUCAAAAUCAACAUACCAUUGUUACUUCUUCAGAUAUCUAUUAUACUCCUCCGCUAUCGGAUAUUACAAAUGCUUCAAUCACCAAUGCUGAUUACACUAGCCCCAAGUUUUGUCGGAGCAUCAGAAAACGAUAUCUGGAUAGCAAAAAACCAACCUAUAAAUCUACAUCUGUAAACUUUCAAAGUUCAAGUACAUCUACGUUAAAUAACAAUAUUCAAGCAUCUUCAUCCAACAAUUUGCGAGAAGAACACCAUCUUAACGGAGAAAUUAUUACAGACAUAUUUUGUGGCAAAUCAAAAGAUUACUUGGAUCAUGGUGAUCAAAAUCAUAUAUGUGAAACAUGUCAUGCAAAAUUAUGGAAGGAUGAAGUAUUAAGAAGUUAUCAAAGAAAGACUAAAUCAAGCUUUUCUCUAUGUUGUGGUUACAGCAAAGUCAAACUUCCAGAUUUCAAGGACCCCCCCUCUGAUUAUAAAAGUCUUUAUACUUCUUUGGAAUCAAAAAGCAAACAUUUUUUGAAAAACAUUCGUCGUUACAACUCAAUGUUUUCUUUUACUUCCAUGGGUGGAAAAGUAGAUUCUUCCAUUAACAAAGGUAAUUCUCCCUUCGUAUUCAGACUUAGCGGUGAAAAUUAUCAUACUAUUGGAAGUCUUCUACCAACGAAUGGAUCAAAGCCUAAAUUCUCUCAGUUAUAUAUAUAUGACCUUGAGAAUGAGGUUGCAAACACACAAGCCGCUUUAGGGCAAACCAAAAAAGUCUCCACAUCAAGUACAGAAAAUUUGGAUUUUGAAAUUAUUCAAGAUUUGAAGGCAAUGUUAGAUGCACACAAUGAGUUGGUUAAGUCUUAUAGAAUGGCUCGAGAUUGUUUUCGAAGCAAUCCUCAUAUAAAUCUAAAGAUACGCCUUAUUGCAAAAAGGAAUCAAGAUGGGAGGAUAUAUAACUUGCCAACUGCUUCCGAAGUUGCUGCUUUAAUAGUUGGAGAUAUUGACACUUCGUUUGAACCUAGAGAUAUUACUGUCAAGACUAAAGAAGGUUAUCUCCAACGUAUUAGUGAAUUACAUCGUUCUUAUUUAGCUCUUCAAUAUCCCCUACUUUUUGUGUACGGUGAUGAUGGUUAUAGAAUUGAUAUCCUUCAUCGCGAUGUUUCUACUUCAACCAUCAGUAAAAGACAUACAUGCACAAUGAGAGAAUACUUUUGUUAUAGAAUCCAAGACAGAGUAAAUACUUUUUCUUUGAUUCUUAAUUCCAGAAGGCUUUUUCAACAAUUUUUGGUUGAUGCGUAUACUAUGAUUGAAAGUGAAAGGCUCUUAUACAUACGUACUCAACAAAAGAAAUUAAGACGCGAGACUUAUGAGAAUUUAUGUUCUGUUAAAAAUCAAGGAAAAAGUGAUGUCUCCAAAAUCGGCCAGCAUGUUAUAUUACCUUCCUCUUUUACUGGUAGUGCACGGUACAUGUUUCAAAAUUAUUUAGAUCCCAUGUCACUUUGUAAAUGGUAUGGAUAUCCAUAUUUUUUCAUAACAAUCACAUGUAACCCAAAAUGGCCUGAAGUGAAGAGGAUUCUUAAAGACACGACUCUUAACCCGGAAGACAGACCUGAUAUUUUAUGUCGAUUAUUUAAAAUGAAGUUGGAUUCCAUUAUCAAAGACUUAAGGGAUCAUGCAAUUCUUGGAAAGCUUCAAGCAGUUGUAUAUACGGUGGAGUUUCAAAAACGUGGCUUGCCUCAUGCUCAUUUGUGCUUAUUUAUGCAUGCCGACCACAAACUUCCAACUGUUGAUUAUAUCGAUCCAUUCAUUUCUGCCGAAAUACCAGACAAAGACAAAGAUCCAGAGUUAUAUUCUCUUGUAAAUGGUGAUGGUUUUCCUAUUUAUAGAAGAUGCAACAAUGGUUUUUUUGUUGAUAAGUCAGAUGUCAAGUUAGAUAAUCGAAGCGUUGUGCCAUACAACAAAAUACUUUUACAAAGAUAUCAAGCACACAUCAACGUUGAGUGGUGCAAUCAGGCUGGUUCAAUCAAAUAUUUGUUUAAAUACAUAAACAAAGGUCAUGAUAGGGCAUCAAUUUGUUUUGUACCAACUAACGAAACAAAUGAGCAUGAAAAGAAGGUUGAUGAAAUCAAAGACUACUAUAGUUGUAGAUACAUAUCUGCUUGUGAAGCAUCUUGGCGGAUUUUUUCUUAUGAUAUACAUUAUAGGAAUCCUUCGGUCAUUAGGCUUCCUUUUCAUCUUCCUGGACAACAACAUGUAAUAUAUGAGGAAAUUGAAGAAAUAGAAGAUGUCUUAGAUAAACCUUCAGUGGCUGUUUCAAUGUUUUUAGAGUGGUUUCGUUGCAAUCAAAGUUACCCAGAAGCACGUCAACUAACUUAUGUCAAAUUCCCUACAAAAUUUGUUUGGAAAAGCAACAAACGUAUGUGGAAACAAAGAAAAAGAGGGUUUUCAAUCGGCAGAAUUCAUUCAGUUUCUCCUUCUGUCGGGGAAGCUUAUUAUUUAAGAAUUUUGUUGAACAAGGUGAAAGGUCCAAAAACAUUCGAGGAUAUUAGAACAGUGAAUGAUGUUGAAUACCCUACUUUUAGAGAUGCAUGUUAUGCAUAUGGCCUUUUGGAUGAUGACAACGAAUAUGUUGAAGCAAUUGUAAAAGCAAGUUUCACAGGCUCGGGUUAUUAUUUACGAAGUUUAUUUUGUACAAUGUUAAUGUCCGAGGGUAUGUCUAGACCUGAAUUUGUGUGGGAAAGAACAUUCACUUACUUGUCAGAUGACAUUCUCUACAACCAACAUCUUAUUUUAAAACAUCCAGGUUUAGUACUUAAUGAAGAUCAAAUUAAAAACCUAACAUUGUUGGAGAUCGAAAAGUUUCUACUCAGAAAUAAUUCGACUCUAAAAGGUUUUCAAUAA